AUGAGGUUCAACGUCUUCCGCAACCCCAUCAAGGAGGCUCCUGUCGUCGAGGAGCCGGCUCGUGCCAGCAAUGAUGACGAAGCUGCUGCAAAGGACAAGGAGACGCUUGCUGCGGACUUUGAGCAGGAAAAGUCUGAUGGUGAGCUUGAUCAGGGUGUCCAGGCUGUUCGGGCCAUGACUCAGGUCUGGACGAGGAAGCACUUGAUCAUCGCCUACCUUCUUAUCUGGCUCAUCUCUUUCAUCCAGGCCUUUUCGUCUGGUAUCAUCAGCACCCUGACACCAUUCGUCACCAGUAGCUUCCAGUCUCACUCCCUCACGGCCACCACGUCCAUCGUCUCCAACCUCGUGUCAGGUCUCAUCAUCCUCCCUUAUGCCAAGCUCAUGAACCUUUGGGGCCGACCUCAGUCCUUCAGUAUCAUGAUCUUCAUCGUCACUAUCGGCAUCAUCAUGAUGGCAGGCUGCAACAACGUCAGGACCUAUGCGGCUGCCCAGGUCUUCUACGGCGUGGGAUACACGGGUAUCGACUUUACGACGACCAUCUUUAUCGCCGAUACUUCGUCGCUUAAGAGUCGAGCUUUCAUGAUUGCCUUUGCCUCUUCGCCGUAUCUUGCCACUGUAUGGGCGUACGGUCCUGCUGCUCAACACGCUUACGAGCACAUUGGAUUCCGCUGGGGUCUCGGUCUCUGGGCCAUCGUCUACCCCGUCGUCACUCUCCCCCUAUGCGGUCUCUUCUGGUACUACCAGAGCCAGGCUGUCAAGCAGGGUCUAGUGAAGCGCGAGCCUAGCAAUCGUACCUUUUCCCAGUCCGUGGUCUACUACCUCAAGGAAUUCGACGUCGUUGGCCUGUUGCUCAUCAUCACCGGUUUGUCGCUGUUCCUUUUGGCUUUCUCGCUGUACUCUUACCAGUCCAACACUUGGAAGUCUCCCCUGAUCAUCUGCUUCUUGAUCUUUGGUGGACUUUUGGUCAUCGCCUUUGCCGCCUGGGAGAGGUUCCUUGCCCCCACCACCUUUAUUCCAUGGUACCUUAUCAACAACAGGACCGUCUUCUUCACCUUUACUAUGGUGGCGAGUAUCUACUGUGCCUGGUACAUCUGGGAUAGUUAUUUCUACUCAUUCCUGAUUGUGGUCUUCCGCGAGUCUAUCGCCCACGCCAGUUACAUCACCAACAUCUAUACAGUCGGCUCUUGCUUCUGCGCCCUCUGCAUGGGAGUCAUCAUCCGCAUCAACGGUCGUCUCAAGUGGCAGGCCCUCUACUUUGGCGUUCCCCUCACUAUCCUUGGAGUCGGCCUCAUGAUUCACUUCCGUCAGCCCGACUCUCACAUUGGCUACAUCGUCAUGUGCCAAAUUUUCAUCGCCUUUGGUGGUGGUAUCCUUGUCAUCUGCGAACAAAUGACCGUCAUGGCUGUCUCUAAACACCAGGAUAUUCCUGCUAUUCUGGCCGUCGAGCGUAUGAUCUCCUCCGUUGGCGGUGCCAUUGGUCUGGCUAUCGCUGCUGCUAUGUGGACUGGCAUCUUCCCUGCCAAGCUCACCAAGUACCUCCCAGCCGAUGCCAUGGGAGAAUUCGCCAACAUCUAUGGUGAUCUCACCGUUCAGUCCUCCUACCCUUGGGGAUCGCCUACUCGCGACGCCAUCAACAAGGCCUACGGUGAUACACAGCGUUUGAUGCUGAUUGCGGCAACUUGUCUCUACUCUAUCACGAUAUUCUCGGUCAUUAUGUGGAAGAACAUUAACGUGAAGAAGAUUGAGCAGGUCAAGGGUCUGGUUUGGUAA